AUGGCUAUGCUCCUCUUCAGCCAGCCAUGGAUGCUAUGGACAUUUGUUGUCCGCUUAUGUUUUGUGGAUUGUAGACAGGGUGAAGUGCGAGAAAUAACAGAUUCCUGUCUGGAGUCUCAGAACAAACAAGAAAUACUGGAGAAGGUCGAGAUUAAACAGCAAGACAAUCGAAAUUGGUUUUCUCGUUCCUUUUGGCCCUCUUAUAAAGUUUUAGUAAUUGAAGUUGUUGGCUCAGACAAAAUCGGUAAUACGGAGGAGAUUUUCUUAAAUGAACUUUCCAAAAAACUGAAGAUUAACAAUAUUAGAAUACAGAAGGCCCAGCUUGACAAUGAGUCCAGAAAUCUGGUUCUACUCUUUUGUCCAGUGGUCACAAGAAUUGGAAAUGACAUUGCUGUGGCACUAAAGAAAGUUUCAAGUAAUAAGAAGAUCAUUCUGGUAGUUAUGUAUCACACCUCUAAUCCUGAUUAUAGAGUGGCAGACAGCAGCAGAUUUGUGGAUCAGAAAAAUGUGGUGCUGACAGUCGACUGUCUGUUCCAUGAAACUACUGGCUUACUCAAUUGUAAUUUAAAUAAGGAGAGUUCACAUAAAGUUUUCUAUUUUAUAUAUUCCUAUAUUUGAACAAAAUAGAAUUAAGUGUUGUUAUCUAGAGAAAUGACAUUUUCAUGGCAUCAUCUAUACUAAUAAAAGGCAAAGCCCUCACUCACUGACUGACUGACUGACUC